ACUCCAUAGUUACAUAUAUCCUGCCUGUUAUGUGUGUUAUCUUGAGGCACAAAACCGUGCAUUAACUGUCUUAUCUAUUUAUCUUUUUAAAUAAAGUUAAUUGAUGACGCCACGAAAAUACCUCACCAAGAUGGCGGCCGUGGACGUGGAAGAUGAGAGUAUUUUGGCUUCGAUUUUUAAAGACAGUUUCCCAGAAAACUGGCGAGAGAACCCAGAUUUUGCGGCAUAUCUCUCGGAGCUAAGCUCGUAUGGGGUAGAGAAGUUAAACAGGGAGCCCGAAAGGCUGUCGGAGGAGCGGGCUCAGAUUCUUCAGCAGACCCGCGAGCUGGCCUUCUCAAACUACAAAAUCUUCAUCCGCACAGCAGAGUGCACUAAAGAGAUCUAUCGGGACUUCGGGCUGGUGGAGAGUAGCGUCUCACGACUUCUAGAUAAGCUACCAGGAUUUGGGGAAAAAUGCAGAGGUUUUGUAAAGGAGGCCGAGGAGAUUGGAGCCAGUCGGCGGAUGAACAGCCUGACCCUGAAUCGACACACAGAGAUCCUGGAGAUUGUGGAGAUCCCCCAGCUCAUGGACACCUGUGUCAGGAAUGGCUACUAUGAGGAGGCUUUGGAGCUGGCUGCCUAUGUCAAGAGACUGGAGAAGAAGCACUCCUCCCUUCCUGUUAUACAGGGCAUUGUGAAUGAAGUGCGCCAGUCUGCCCAGCUGAUGCUGAACCAGCUCCUCCAGCAGCUUCGCAGCAAUGCCCAGCUGCCAGUCUGCCUGCGCGUGAUCAGCUACCUGCGGCGCAUGGACGUCUUCACAGAGGCCGAGCUGCGCAUCAAGUUUCUGCAGGCCCGGGGAACCUGGCUUCGCUCUAUUCUGGGCUCCAUCCCCAUCGACGACCCUUACUUCCACAUCACCAAGACCAUUGAGGCCUGCCGGGUGCACCUGUUUGACAUCUUCACCCAGUACCGUGCCAUCUUCUCCGACGAGGACCCCCUCCUGCCCACAAGCGGGCAGAUGGUGAACGAGAGUGCCAUCUUCCACGGCUGGGUGGUGCAGAAGGUGUCCGAGUUCCUUCAGACGCUGGAGACAGACCUGCAGCGAGGGGUGGGUGGCCGGCUGGAUUCGCUGCUGGGCCAGUGCAUGUACUUUGGCCUGUCCUUCAGCCGAGUCGGGGCAGAUUUCCGAGGUCAACUGGCACCCAUGUUCCAGCGAGUUGCUCUGGAAACAUUUCACAAGGCUAUCCAGGAAACCCUCAGCAAGUUCCAGGAGGAUAUGAAUAUGUACACUCUGAUCUCAGCCCCUGCUGUGCUGGGCAGCACCAUCCCUCAAGUGUCCCCCAGCAGCCAGCCUGGGACCCUACAGCCUCCCAUGGCACUACUGGACUUCCCGCCCUUGGCUUGUUUCCUCAAUAAUGUUCUAGUGGCUUUUAAUGACCUGCGCCUCUGCUGCCCUGUUGCUCUGGCCCAGGAUGUAACCAUGUGCUUAGAAGACGCUCUUGUCAAAGUGACAAAGGUUAUCCUGGUGUUCCACCGUGCAGAGGAGACUGUGUUCAGCAGCAGGGAGCGUGAGCUUUUCCUCCAGUUCUGUUCUGCCUUCGCUGAGGACAUGGUCCCCUUCCUCAAUCGCUGCUUACAGGUCCUAUUCCCACCCGCCCAGGUUGCACAAAUACUUGGAAUCCAACCAACUCAGGUUCACAAAUAUAGUUCCCUGGGUUGCAUCAAUAUGAAUAUGGUUCUUGAGCCUCUGGAAUUCAUUUUACCCAAGAAGGAGCUCCCCCCUGUUGGCCCAGAUACCAGCAGUGACCUGGAGACCAUGAUGUCACCUGGUCCUCAGGAGGGGCUUAGUGCCGCAGCAGAGUCUAGUUCUGGACCGGUGGAAUAUCAGAAGGGUGAUGUGCCUGUUGAGCACACAGGUUCCACUUUUACAAUUUCAAGUGAAGGAACGCCAACUGAGAACACACACGUAACGCCUGAACCGGAGGUGACAUAAUGAAUAAGAGUAAUCCGAGACCGACGACAUGACUGUUCACAUUUAAGAGUUAAUAUACUAUAUAUGUAUAGUAUUUGUUUAUUUUUACAGAUGGUCCCUUUUGAUCUCCAUUAGGCAAAGCAAUCCACAAUGGAGUAGAGCAUUCAAUAUAAAAAAUUAGCUAUAAAUCAAGAAAAACAACAAAUUCAUAACCUGUGUACCCACUCUCGUGUGCUCAACUGCCGUUUCUUCACCCGUUUCCUCUCACCAGCCAAUCCCUUACCAGAAACUAUAUCCUGUUUUCAAAAAGUAAUGAAAAAACAGGACCGUCUUUUUUAAAGGGAUACACACCUAAAAACAAAUUUAACACAGACAAACAUAAUAAACAGGAAAUAUUUAUAUAUAUAUAUAUAUAUAUAUAUAUAUAUAUAUAUAUAUAUAUAUAUAUAUAUAUACACAUACACGUUAUUUUUUCUUCAAUUCAGAACAUUCUUACAAGGUACCAAACGCUAUCUGCAUGCUGCAUUAAGAACUAUUGCGAUUAUUUUGAGAUCCGCACAUGCGUCAGUGGUUCAUUGCAUUUUUUCCAUGUGAUUACUUACACUAUUAGUAAUGUAUUUUUAAAAUAUGAGCUUUCGGUAUUAUAAAUGAGAUGUACUUUUAGAACAUCAAAACACGUCACAAAAAUAAUGGAACAUUCAGCACGACGCCGUACUUAAUACUUUUAGAUGUGUCAUGCAUUAGAGAAGAUUACAUUUCUUCCGGAUUGGCUAGUUUGCGCAGUGAAGUACCGUAUAUAAAUAUUUUGGUAACCUGUAACCUAGAAAGCAGGUUUGUGCACCAACCGUGAAAAGAUCAUAUAUGAAGAACAUUAAAUCUAGAGUUUGUAGUGUACAAAGUGCUACACCUGUGAUGCUAAUGGGGUUCAUUUUAACUUGUAGAUAUAGAUAUUUUUAAACCCAACAUGAAGUGUGUAUAUUUACCUUUGUCAUUUCAUUGUUUUUUUUUUAUUUGGGAGAUAUGGUUAACUUUUCUGUAUAUAUUCCUUGAAGUAUCUAGGUGAUGGUACUUUGGGAUGUAAAUAAAAUGAACAAAUCUA